AUGAACGGAGAAAAGCCACCGGUUACGAAAACGAUGAACAUUCUUAUGCUUCAUGAUGACUUGCUUUUAGCUUGUUUAGCAGUAGUCUCCAGAUUGUAUCACCCCGACUCUCGCUUUGGUUGCGACGAGACUUGUCUUUAUGUGUGUUUGCAAUUCCCUCAAGACAUAAGCCCGGUGCGUUGGUUCACUCUCUGCCGGAGACCGAGUCAAAUCACUAAGCCUAACCCUAACCCUAGGUUCACUUCUUGCUUUGCACCAUAUAGAGCCCUAAUGGAUCGCACUAUGAAGAAGAAAGACAAGAAGUCACACGACAAUGCGUUGGUCUCAAUCCAAACUCGGAAAUCUCCUUCUCUGCCUUUGUGGGGACCGUGGUCUCUAAUCGCAGUUGGUUAUAAUAUCUACAAGAUUGGCGGAGAGGACAAGAAUGGUUUGCCCUCGUCUAGGGUCUUCGUCAUGGAUUGUCGGUCUCGCACGUGGCACAAAGCUCCAAGCAUGCGUGUGGCACGCAAGUGCCCUCGAGUGAGAGUUUUUGGUGGGAAAAUAUAUGUGGACAGCUCCAAAGAUAUCGAUUCCUCGGAUUUGAUAGAAUGUUUCGAUCCCAAAACCCAAAUGUGGGAGGAUGUGGCAGACCCUGACGAAAAGCUACGCGGUUGGCUUCCUGAUUGUGCUUGCGUGAUAGAUAACGUCUUGUACGGCGUCAAUGUCAUGGACUUUUAUGGUCGUGGAUUGUUGAAUAAGCUCGUAUGGUACGAGUCUGAGGGAAGAUGUUGGAGAGCUGUGAAGGGUUUGAGAAAACUGCCUGAUUUACCAGCGGGUUAUAGAAGUGUUAGAUUGGUGGGUUAUGGUGGAAAGAUUGCGGUUUUGUGGGAGAAAGAUGUGCGUAUUGAGGAUAAGAAGAAGAUCUGGUGGGCUGCGGUUUUGUGGGAGACGCAGAUCUUGUGUGCUGAGAUUUCGCUUGAAAGACGCAACGAGCAUGAGAUACAUGGGAAGGUUUUGUGGUGUGAUGUUGUGCUUACGGUCCCUAGGUCAUCUACUUUCUUGCAGGUUUUGGCUGUUACGGUUUGA